AUGAAGCGAGUAAGGAUUUCUGUCGAGCCAGCGAGCAUCAAGCCUCCACAAGCAGUAAUCUUCAACAACAAGGCAGCAUCAAUCGGCACUACAUCUUUCAAGUUAUAUGGAUCCGACAUUGUGAAGAACGCACCUAGCUUGUAUGCUAUAGGACAUACAGACAAGCUGGAAUUUGUUGGAGAGUCGCUUGAUGACCUGCCAGUUCACUAUGCUGUUGGCAUUUAUCGUCCAGCUGACAACACUGUCAAGAUACAUGAAGCACCCAUGUUUGAGGUUGGGACUACUGUCAAGAGGUUGAGGAAUGAAGCAUCUCGUGAGAUUGGUGUCAAGAAUGCACUAUCUCGAAAAUCAUUGGGCGAAGCAUUCGGUACCAAGAAGAGAAGGAGACAGCUUCAAUCACGAGAAGAGAAUGAGAUUGAUGUCGGUCAAGAUCUCAAGGGCUCUGUCUUGGAGGCUAUGAAUGAUACUAUUGAUGCUAUCGAUGGACCUACUCAAGACGAUCACAAAAUGGACGCCUCAGACCGCGUUAUACCUGCUUACAACCCAGCCGCAACACAAGUCGACGACAUAUACCCUCUCGAACAGACGAUCCCAACACACGAACUCAACUCCAUAAACCUAAACACCAUUCUCAAACUCACGAGUCGUGAAGAGCUCGAAGAGCACCUCUCCGAACUGAAAGCACCAGUAUGUGUGACUCGCCACAUCCGCAGCAUACUGAUUUCAGGUGCCACAUCCAAUGAAGCGAGACUGAAAUUAAAGGUGUUGAUGUAUGUCGCGUAUAUGGGACUGUUGGUUGGACUCAAGGAUCGGGAUUUGAAGAAUCUGGAUCGGUUGUUGAAGAAUGUGCCUACUGCUAUUGCGGAGGGGUUGAAGGAUAAGUUUACGAGUAUGGGUGGUGAGGAGGGUGCUGAGAUUCGUGUCAUGUCAGAUCGAUCCAAGGAUAUGCUCUUUACACAUAUAUUCUGUCUGCUCUUGCGAAUCAACAAUUGGAUUAUGGAUCCCAGAGAACUCAAGGAGGCUUAUGGGCUUGGGAUUGUCAAAGUAACAGACCUACUCAAAGAACUGGGAUGUCGUAUUGACAUAUUGACCAAAGCACAGAAGGAAGCAUUAAAUGUAGUAGGAAGGGCUGAAAAGAGAGCGAGACUUGCUCUUCCUUUCGUACUGCCUCAAGCUCGUAUGAGGUUGGCAAGGAAUUGA